AAUGAUUUAAGUUUGGUUGGACGAGCAAAGGGGGAAAGUGGUCCAAAUGUUAUCUCCUCCUCCAUCAACUUAUACCCAAUUUGGCUACUUACACAUCAAGGAAUCGUAUGGGUUAAGGCGGUGGGAAUAGUCAGCCGCCGCCUAAGAAGAGUGAGGAAUCUGAUUGGGUCGUCCAUUCAAGGCUUAACUUCAUAUCUAAUACUAGUAUUGUUUAUUCAUAAAAAUGGAAGAAUACUAUUGUUUGAUUUGAUUCCUUCAGUAACCGGUAAGAAGGCAAUUCAAAUCUCACUUUCUUUUCAUUCUCAAAUGCACUUUUAAUUUAACCAUAAUGUUUCAUCCUCUAUUCUAGUAUAAAAAGUUGAAAAUGCCACUUGCAUGAGGGCUAUAAAAGGGUCUCGAAUCUCCCCCAAUCAAGGCAUAUAUCGUUCUUUUAUACUCUUAUUUUUUCAAAUUGAGAAAUAUCAUUCAACAAUGGGUUCCUUGAGUCAUAGGCAUCAUGCAGUAUGUAUUCCUUUCCCUGCUCAAGGCCAUAUCAAUCCCAUGCUAAAGCUGGCUAAAAUACUUCACCAAAAGGGCUUUUAUAUCACUUUUGUCAACACUGAAUUUAACCAUAAACGUAUACUUAAAUCUCGAGGACCUGAUGCUCUUAAUGGUCUCCCUUCUUUUCGUUUUGAGACUAUUCCCGACGGCCUUCCGCCGACCGACGUCGAUGCCACCCAAGACAUCCCUUCCCUCUGCAACUCCACUAGCAAGACUUGCUUACCCCAUUUCAAACAACUCCUCCGCAAGCUAAACGAUUCUGCGUCCACAUCCAAAGUUCCCCCUGUUUCUUGCAUUGUUUCGGAUGGUGUCAUGAGCUUCACUCUUGAUGCAGCUGAAGAACUAGGCGUCCCUGAAGUUCUGUUUUGGACCACAAGCGCUUGUGGCUUCCUUGGUUACGUUCACUAUCACCAAUUAAUGGAAAAGGGUUAUACGCCUCUCAAAGAUGAAAGCUAUUUAACCAAUGGGUACUUGGAUACCGUCAUAAAUUGGAUACCGACAAUGGAAGGUAUCCGAUUGAGGGAUCUACCUUCUUUUCUUAGAACAACUGAUUCGAAUUUUGUUAUGCUUGAUUUUAUUUUCUCUGAAACCAAAAGAGCUCAGAAGGCGUCAGCAAUUAUAUUGAACACGUUUGAUGAUUUGGAGCACGAAUCAUUGGACGCACUCAACUCAAUGCUACCCCCAGUUUACUCAGUGGGUCCUUUGCAUCUUGUUUUGAAUCACAAUGUGGAUAAUAGUGAAUUGAAACAAAUAGGAUCGAAUCUUUGGAAAGAAGAGCCCGAGUGCCUCCAAUGGUUAGACUCCAAAGAGCCCAACUCUGUUGUUUACGUGAAUUUUGGGAGCAUCACUGUGAUGACAGCUGAUCAGCUAAAUGAAUUUGCUUGGGGGUUAGCAAAUAGCAAACAACCUUUUUUGUGGGUCAUUAGACCUGAUCUUGUUGGUGAUGAAUCAGCAGUUGUGCCAGCAGAGUUCGUAGCGGAGACCAAAGAUAGAGGCAUGUUGGCAACAUGGUGCCCACAAGAACAAGUCCUGAACCACCCUUCGAUUGGAGGAUUCUUAACACAUAGCGGAUGGAAUUCCACGAUUGAAAGCAUAUCUGGCGGCGUGCCCAUGAUAUGUUGGCCGUUUUUCGCGGAGCAACAAACAAACUGUUGGUAUUCAUGUACUAAAUGGGGAAUCGGCAUGGAAAUCGACAAUAAUGUUAAGAGGGAUAAAGUAGAGAGUCUUGUUAGAGAGCUAAUCAAAGGAGAAAGGAGUAAAGAUAUGAAGAAGAAAGCUGUAGAGUGGGAGAGAAAAGCAAAGGCGGCGACUGUCAAUGCUGAUGGCUCGUCUUACAUGAAUCUUGACAAAAUUAUCCAACUUUUAUGCACACCUAGAGCUUAAAAUCAAAGCCUACUUUAAUUGUUUGAUUCAAAAGAUAUAUCUUUUAAGUAUUGAUAAAGUUAUAUUUUGCCAUUACAAAAAUAAUGUAACCUUAUCACUAAUAAAAUUUCAUUUGUAUUAUUUAUUUGUGUUAAA